UAAUGACAUGGUUCAAGACUUCGUGAGCCACACGAGCAUGACUGAGUAAAAGAAGAAGAAGAAGAAGAAGAAGAAGAAGAAAAAAAAAAAAAAACUGUCCAACCCCUCAGAAGAUUUCCUGUUUCAUGAAAAGUGCACAGUAUGUGAGUCAUAUAGGGCAAGUCCUGCCGGGUGUGUGUUUACUCUGACUCUACACGGAGCUGAGAAGGAGCAACAGGCGGACCGAAGAAAGUCCGCGGUGUCUGGAUAUUAACGCGUUGUCAAGGUUUCGGAAAAUUAAUGAGAAAGAGGGGAGUGUAUAGUCCGUCUCUAAAUGGAGCUACUUCGGUUUUCCGCUUUUUGGUGUGGAACGAUACUCUUUGGUUGUAUUCUGCUCGAACAGGCGGAGGCUACUAUAAUGAAGUUAAAAAGGCUCUGCAAGUUCUGUGACGUACGAGCAACCAGCUGUCCUGGGAAAGGGAACUGCAUGGUGGGGUGUGAGAUCACGUCCAUCUGCCCCGAUGAUGACGAUGUGUGUGUCAGUAUUUGGAGGAAGAAAGAUGACAAUGUCACCUUCGAUACGAUCUGUCACAACCCAGCUCACAAGCUGUACGGCCUGGUCCUGGAGGAUUACAACAACAGCAAGUGUGAGAUGAAAGAAAGAAAGGGCAUGGGCUCACAGUUCUUUAUCUGUUCCUGCUCUGAGGAUGAGUGCAACGAGCACAUCUUCUUUAACCCCUACAAAGAUUCCCAGGUGGUGGCUGUCAUCUUAGUGAGCUUGGUUCCACUUCUGGUUAUGGCUGUUCUCGUCAUCACUUCCUUCUACUGUUAUCGAGUCUACCGCCAGCGCCAAGCCACCUCCAGACGCAAGAGAGGUCUUCCUCUGGACUUCAGUGACGCUCACGCCAUAAUGAUAGAUGAUGAAGGUUCGGACAGCAGCUCCACACACGCCAACAACCUCAACCAUAACACUGAGCUGCUGCCCAUCGAGCUGGACGUUCAGGUCGGAAAAGGACGCUUUGCGGAAGUUUACAAAGCCAAGCUGAAGCAGGGCUCCUCGGUCAGCGAGGAGCAGGGCUUUGAGACUGUGGCUAUCAAGAUUUUCUCAUAUGAGGAGUACGCCUCCUGGAAGAAUGAGAAGGAAAUUUUCUCAGACGCAGACUUGAGACAUGACAAUGUGCUUCACUUCUUGACAGCAGAGGAAAGGAAGGUGCAGAGACAGUACUGGCUGAUCACAGCGUACCAGCCUAGAGGGAACCUUCAGGAGUACUUGAUUCACCAUAUUGUCAGCUGGCAUGACCUGUGGCUCCUCGGGGGUUCGCUAGCCCGUGGAUUGGCGCACCUUCACAGCGACCACACCACAUGCGGUCGCUACAAAGUGCCUAUCGCACACAGGGACAUUAAGAGCUCCAACAUAUUAGUGAAAAGUGACCUGACCUGUUGCGUGUGUGACUUUGGCCUCGCACUUCGCCUGGAUAACUCUCUAUCUGUGGAUGAGCUGGCCAACAGUGGGCAGGUGGGAACAGCCAGGUACAUGGCUCCAGAGGUCUUGGAGUCCAGAAUCAACCUGGAAAACAUCGAGUCUUUCAAACAGGCCGAUGUUUACUCCAUGGCUCUUGUACUGUGGGAGAUCAUCUCCAGGUGUAGCGCUAUUGGAGAGGUGAAAGAAUAUGAGCCACCCUUCGGGAACCUGAGGGAACAUCCGUGUGUAGAGAGCAUGAAGGACAGCGUUGUCCGAGACAGAGGAAGACCUGAGAUCCCCAACAGCUGGAUAAACCAUACAGGCAUCCAGCUGGUGUGCGCGUCCAUAGACGAUUGCUGGGACCACGACCCGGAGGCCCGUCUGACGGCCCAGUGUGUCGCUGAGCGCUUCGACGACAUGGAGUACCUGGACAAGCUGUCCGAGCGCUCCAACUCAGAGGAGAAGAUCCCUGAAGAAAUCAUUGUGGUGGAUGAGAAGUAGAGCUCAACAGAAACACUGCCCCCACCAGGGUGGCUGAGGACUUACAACCAAGCAGCUGGGAGAGAAAGAAAUUCCAGUGGAUCCGUUGUUUGCUAUGGGUUCGUCAAAAAUGUGCGACGGAGGAGCAAACUGGAAAAUCAUGUAGAUGAAAGGGAACUGUUAACAGAGAUGGACCUGUUGGACUUUGUUUUCUUCUACAUGCUUCAGAGACUGGAUCAAGUCAUAAACAAACAGGGAUGUCACAUUAUAAAGCUUGUUAACCAAAUACUAUUUGCACUUUAUCAGUAUCUAUGCACACCAAAUGAUAUAUAUUCAGUGUCUAUUUUGUUUUGACAAUACAUUUCAGGUAUACGGAAUAAAGGGACGACAUAUAUUUAGAAAAAAAGGGGGCAAAAGGGAGCUAUUUAAAAUAUUAAGACUAUUAGUAACACUAAUAUCCCCCUUACAGUGUAUUUGUAUCAUACUAAAAUGGUUUCCUAGUUGCCUUGGAUAGAUGUCAACGUGACUGGAUGACAGUACGAUGCAAGAUUCAAGGUGCAAGUAUAAUUUUUUCUGGCAUAAAAUGGAAAUUACCCACAUGAAAGAAAUAGAAAACUCAUCCAAGGCAGUAAUCUGCGGGGAAAGCUGAUAUCAUAACUGUAAAAUAAAGACAGCAAAAUCAGCCACAAAGGAAAAAGGCAACUGCGUGUGUGCGUGUGUAUUACUCAGAGGACUCCGAUCUAAAAAAGAACGUCUGCUUAAUCAGACCAGGAGAAUAAAGGGAAAAAAGAUACUGUGUGUGUAUUAAGGACUCUAAACUGAAAGUUCCAGACUGCUGCCUAUCUGCUACAAAAGCACUUCUUCUGCUUUUGUAGACAUUUUGUGACAGAAAGGGGAAUUCUGAUCCUGUGCUUAGAACAGAUCUAUAUCAAACUCAUUUUUGUAUAAAAGUGUAAAGCCAUAAAAUAAAAGUGUUACAGUAUU